AUGUCUAAGGUCAAGAAUACAGUUUACAAUUCCCUCAAGUCUAUAGAUUAUUUUUCAAAGCCAAUAAACUUUACAUAUAAAGACACAAUUGUGGAGGUUUCGAAUUCUUAUUCUGAUCCACAUGUGAUUGGAGAGAUAGGUAUUAGUAUUGCUUUUAUGCUCUCUGAUAUUAAUGGAUUACUUUUGCUGUAUGAAGAAGAGAUAGGAAAAUUUAAUCUUUGGUAAGGAAAGUUUGACUUAGUUGAAACCCCAGAUGGAAAAAUAACAAGGGAGUUUUCUAGACAAUUAGUUCCCUACAAUAAAUGCUCAGUUAACAGUACUGCUCUGAGGAAACUAAGCUAAUAAGAUAUUUUAUCCUAUCCGAUAGAUGAUUACUAUUGUCCUGAUCUAACGAAUCUAACACUCUAAGCAAAUUUUCAUGCACCUUAAUUCUAGUUCCUAUUUUUGGAAUUUAUGAAAUGCAAAGAUAAAAAGCUGUGUUAAAAUUCCACUUUGCUUAAGAAAAGAAUUGAGAGUUCAAACAUUUAAAUCAUUGUUGUAAGCUCUUUUUUCGAAGUAGAUAACUAUGAGUAACCAGUCAAGUAUUUUAUGGACGAUGCCUUCUAUCCUAUGAUAGACAAUAUGAACCUCUAAGCAACAAUGCUAUUUAGAUCAAGUAUCUAAGAUUCGAAGUUUUAGCUGUCUAUGGCCAGAAAUUUAUUCUUGAUUCAAGACUAUAAGAAGUUGAUGAAUUAGAAUACUCUUAUUGUGGAUGACGAUGAUGAAGAUGACUAAAAUUUGUCUAAGCACCAGCAGAAAGCCAAAAAAGUUUAAAGAAGCAUCUUGAGAUUGAAAGAGAAUAAGAAAUUCUAAAAUUUGGAAUUUAAGUACAAGGAUUUAUUCAGAGCUUUUAUGAUGGAUUCAUAUGGAUGGAUGAUUAACUGUUGUAAAAAGAAUGAUAGAUCAAAACUUAAGAUCAAGAGAAAGCAUUUACUUGAAAAAGGAAAGGAGAAAGUUGUAGAUGAACUAGAUUGUGCUAAUAUCUUGAGGAAAUUAAGAAUGGUUGACAAUAUGGCAUAACUUUUACUCUCUGUCCCCCAGUAGAUAUUACUUUACAAUUAGAAAAAGGAUGUUAUUAAUAUGAACGAGUCCUCAGAAGAUGAAGAACUUAUGAAUCUAAGAAAUGUCAGGAAAAUAACCAGAAACAUUAAACUAUUUGCUGCAUUUGCCUAUUACAAACUCAAAGAUUCCCUUACCACAACUGACAAACGUAUCAUCAUGGGUACUGUAAGCAACAAUCCACAUUUCCUAGAUAAGGAAAUCUUAGAAUCAGAAAUCAACAAUAAAAUGAAGUUAAUGCACUAGUAAAGUAUAAGAAAUAAAAACAUCCAAAAGUUAGAGGAACUCGAUAUCUAUGAUAAUUUGUAAAUGGAAGUGUAAGCAUUCAGUAAAGGCAAGUUUCAAACAUUCAUGUCAGGCAAAAACAAGUCUAAUAAAUCUGUAUCAAGUUAUAAAACUCAAAGGAGAGGUACUGGUUAGAAUAGCAAGAAAUUAAUGCCGAAUUUUAGCUUUGUAAACGAUUUAGAGAGGCAAUAAAGUAAUUUAAAGACAGAUAGCUCAGUUGAGCUAGAACCACUUGAGUAAAAAUAAAAUAAAAAGCGAUCAUCUACGACUGUCCUGGGUCUUAAGAAAAUAUUCAAAGAUGAGGAGUCAAUUUAACUCUAUAAGGAGGAUAUAUCUGCCACAGAACUUGAUGAUUCAAGUUAAUUCUAACAAUUAUGA